AUGUGGUCGGCUAAAUCGCUCCCUCUACGAAUCUGGCUUUGGUAUGUCACUGAUGAAGGCGAAUCGGUGGUUGUGGUUGACUAUCAGAGUAGGAGCUUGAGCGCCCUUCAAGAAGUGUCUGAAGGCCAGAUAAGAACCGAGUUGGGUUUGAUCGGAAGCUUGGUGCUCCAUGAUGAUGUUGAUGAUCCUAGAGGUGUCGGGGAGUUAUUGCUGCAACAUGAGGGCAACACUGAGAUGAUACACAUGCAUUUCGCCACUGAGGGUCUACACUACCCCUGGGAGGUCACAGGCCAGGAAGAGAAGGUUAUCCAUCGGCCAUUCCUCAGGGGCGAUGUUGUUAUCAACGAUGAACACAUUUUGAUGCACGGUUACUCUAAGCGUUAUUAUGGUCCUAGUUAUGGCCCGGUAUGGGGGUAUCGAUUUAUCCAUACGAUGCUGAAAGAUGAGUCUACAGGAAAAGUGGAGGGAGUCUUAUGGACGGCUGAUGCCACUUUCGGAAAAAACAAAUACAACUACUGGAAACUGCUCAAUUUAGAUAGCGGCAAAGUCGAUUCCAUCCCUGGGGAAUUCACUUUCCAUCAACAGAGGAUGGCUUGUUCGUUGUGUGAGGGCAAGAUGAAGAAACUUACUGUGAAUGCCAGCGUCGUUCACGAAUGGACUCUAAAAGGAAGCAAUAUGCUUUCGGAAAUGUCCGAGGCAUUCGGCGUCGCUGAGCUCACGGAUUCUACUGGCCAGGUUUUGGCGAGCGGACCCGCCUUCAACGAGAUCUGCUAUGGCUCCCUCGGCUGA